UCACACAGAAAGGCUUGCUCUUCUCUUCAACAAUAACGACUAACGACAAAACUCUAAGCAAAAUCACAAACAAUACCGGAUCUACAUCCAGUUAUUCACUUUAGAUUUAAAAAAUACAGUUAUUUUUUGUGGAAUAUUUUCAGUGCUCCUCAAAUUUUCCUGCACUUUUACCGACCUGUCAAAUCAUCGAGGGGCCGAGGGAUGAGGGUUGGAACAGGUUUGGUUCCCGAGGAAACGGACUAUUGUCCCAUCGCGAUAGGUGCUUUCAGCUAAUGCAAAGACUGCCUCCGGACACUUUUAUAAAACAUACUUGAAUUCUUAUCACAUGUUCGUUGAGGAACGUCUGUAAUUACUGUAGAAUCAGCGGGAUGUCUGGAAAGCCACAUUGUAGCGAGUUGCUGGAUGUCGACCCAGACGAAGCUUCUGAAGAGCUGACAGAGGUGGUGUGUCUGGAGUCAGAACUACAGGACGGACAGAUGAUGGAGGUGGAGGUGGGACGUCACAAUGUUCUGUUGGUACGGAGUGAAGGCAUAUACAGCGCCAUCGGCAACCAGUGUACACACUAUGGAGCUCCCUUGAGCAAAGGGGUUCUAUCAGGGCACAGGGUGCGAUGCCCGUGGCACGGUGCCUGCUUCAACAUCCAGACAGGAGACCUGGAGGAAUUCCCUGGCAUGGACUGUCUACCCUGUCACACGGUGAAAGUCGAAAACAACAAAGUGUAUGUGUCCGUAAACAAAAAGGCAGCGAGACAGACCAAACGAAUAAAGAGUAUGGGCUCCAGAGUAGAAGGUGUCAUCCACACCAUCCUACUGCUCGGGGGAGGGUCUGCGUCAUUAGUGUGUGCGGAAACUCUGAGACAGGAGAACUUUGGAGGCAGAAUCAUCAUGGUAACCAGGGACAACCUUCUGCCCUAUGACAAAACACGACUCAGCAAGGUAAUGAAUGUGGAGAAUGACAGCAUUUUGCUGAGGAGGAUGGAGUUCUUCCAUAAAUACGACAUCGAGGUGUGGCUCAGCAAAGAGGCCAUGUCAUUGGACACAGAGAAGAAGAAAGUAACAUUUGAUGACGGUUCAGUCCAGAGCUACGACCAGCUCCUCAUAUCCACAGGCUGCAGAGCGAAGGGUCUGGAGUGUCCAGGUAAAGACCUGGAGAAUGUAAAGAUGCUGGAGACACCAGAGGAUGCAAGGCAGAUACAUGUUGCCUGUAUAGGCUGUCAUAUCGUCAUCGUGGGGACAUCCUUCGUUGGCAUGGAGGUGGCAUCCUAUAUGACAGACAAGGCUUCCAGCAUCACAGUGAUUGGCAGCAGUGAGCUACCCUACCAGAAGACCUUGGGCCCUGAGAUUGGCAAGGUCACUAUGAUGAUGCUUGCAGAGAAGGAUGUGGCAUUUUAUAUGAAUGACAAUGUGUCAGAGGUCCGCGGAGAGAACGGAAAGGUAAAAGAGGUUGUGCUGAAGAGUGGGACAGUCAUUCCUGCUGAUGUUUUAAUUGUUGGCAUCGGUGUGAUCCCUAACUCAGAGUUCCUGCAGGGUACUCCCAUAGCGAUGGACUCUAAGAGCUCAGUCAUAGUGGACAAGUGCAUGAGGACCAAUGUUCUUGAAGUGUUCUGUGGAGGAGACCUGGCUACCUUCCCCCUGACAAUGGCCAAAGACCAGAGGGUCAAUAUAGGACACUGGCAGAUGGCACAGGCACACGGGAGAGUAGCAGCCCUGAACAUGCUGAAUAUACCCACUGAACUCAACUCUAUCCCUUACUACUGGACCGUCCUACUGGGGAAGAACAUCAGAUACACAGGCUAUGGGGAAGGAUACACUGACAUCGUGGUAAAAGGGAAAGCGGAGGAACAAAAGUUCCUGGCCUUUUAUAUCAAGGAUGAUGAGGUAAUAGCAGCAGCAAGUCUGAACUAUGACCCAGCUGUUUCUGCUGUGGCCGAGAGGUUCGCUGCAGGAAACACCAUCACUAAGAAAGAGGCUGAAUCAGAUGACCUGAGGUGGUUGAAGCUGAAACUGUCCUGAUCAUCCCUCCUUCUACUCAUCCGUCUCAACAUCACUUCAUCUCCGACACACAAACACAGAAUGUCCCCCCUCUGUCCAUCUCUCCCUCCCUCCUCCUCCUCCUCAGGCAUCCCUCCUCAUCCCCUCUCUCUUCCCCCUCUUUUGGAGAACAAGUCGUCUGGCUGGAGGCUCGACAGACACAGAAGAGACCUAUCAGAAGAGGACGACGUGACGUUGCUGAGUUAUAACCAGUAGUGUAGUGGAGGGUAAUCGCAUGUAAACGGCGCUUAUGCACUUUUUUUCAUUUUGUGUGAGCGUUUACUCACCUUUUGCGGAAAAAUGCAUAGAAAGUGCACGGAGCGUUACUUUACUCACUGAUAACGGCGAUCAGCGUUCACCCACCUAUUGUUUUUACCACGACAUCACUGGUUAUGACAUCAGACGUAUAGCAGGACGACACUCAACUGUUUGUCUGUUCUGUUCUUAGCCAGUUUGUUUAGAGGUGGGGGGGGAGACAGAAAAAACAGUGAUACCUCAGACAAACAGAUUUUGUGGGUUUCAUUUACAAGGAUGAGUUUUAUAUGUUCUCCGUUUUGGGGAAACUACAUGGUCAUGAUGUCGCCAAUGCCCACCUGUUGAUGUAGACAUUUCUUACUUCACAUUCUGAAAAUGGAGAAGAAGAGAUGACAGAAAGGUAGCUGUGUGUGUUCUACUGUAGAUAUGGUAGUCAGGGUAGCUACCCACUGGGCACACACUAGUUGAAUCAAUGCUGGUCAAAAUGAGAUGAAAGUAGUACUGGUUGAUGAUUUUUUUUCAAUUCCAAUGUAUUUUCCACGUUGAUUCCAUGUCACAAUACGUUGACAAAUUACGUUGAAACAACGUUGAUUCAACCAGUGUGUGCCCAGUGAGUAGUGUUCUACUGUUGACACGAUAGCAACAUGAUGACAUGCCAGGUUGGUAGUCAUGGUAGCUAGGGUUCUACUGUCGAUACGGUGGUCACAUGACAGGUUGGUAGUCAUGGUAGCUAGGGUUCUACUGUCGAUACGGUGGUCACAUGACAGGUUGGUAGUCAUGGUAGCUAGGGUUCUACUGUCGACACGGUGGUCACAUGACAGGUUGGUAGUCAUGGUAGCUAGGGUUCUACUGUCGAUACGGUGGUCACAUGACAGGUUGGUAGUCAUGGUAGCUAGGGUUCUACUGUCGAUACGGUGGUCACAUGACAGGUUGGUAGUCAUGGUAGCUAGGGUUCUACUGUCGAUACGGUGGUCACAUGACAGGUUGGUAGUCAUGGUAGCUAGGGUUCUACUGUCGAUACGGUGGUCACAUGACAGGUUGGUAGUCAUGGUAGCUAAGGUUCUACUGUCGAUACGGUGGUCACAUGACAGGUUGGUAGUCAUGGUAGCUAAGGUUCUACUGUCGAUACGGUGGUCACAUGACAGGUUGGUAGUCAUGGUAGCUAGGGUUCUACUGUCGAUACGGUGGUCACAUGACAGGUUGGUAGUCAUGGUAGCUAGGGUUCUACUGUCAACGUGUCAACCAGUGGUGGUGGCAUAGUCUGAGUUUACGCUUGCUUUGGGGUUCCAUGGAAGGGGUUGCUAGGUAGGCCAUUGCCGGGGUCACGGGCAGUGGAAAAACACAGCUGACCUUAAUGGCCGCUGUGGCCAUGUGGAUGGACCAAUCAGAACGCUGUUUAGGGGAUUAGAGGGACAGAGGGCCAGGGCCGAGGUCUUUGAGGCAGGGAUGCUGAAUUAGGCAACCUGAACAAAACAGGCUGCAGAGAGAAUAAUAGACAUGGACAAACACAACACAAAAAGAUAACACCAAAACGCUUUCAAAAGAACUGCUGUGCUUCUCUCUCACCUAUCUCUCUUUCUAUCUCUUACAUCUCUCCCUCUCACCCCACUGGGCACACUAGGUCGUUUCAACGUUGAUAAUUAGGUAAUAUUUGGUUGAGAUGUUGAUCAAUGAGUUUACAACCUAUAUUUGUUGAAUUUCCAAUGUGUUAUCACUAUGCUUUCAACCAUCUAAAAGCACAACCUAAUUCCAAUGGAAAAACAAUGCCAGAUGUUUUGUUUAUUUAUAAAACAGAUGAAUGAAUGUGUUAUCAUUGUUCUUCAUCUAAUAUCUGAACCACAUGACCUGGGCCUGGUUUCCCGAUAGCAAUAGAAUUUAGGCGUAUGUGUGUUUUAAUGAUGCAUUGUUCCAACAACGGCCCAAAGAUGUAACACGCGUUUCCCAAAAUACCACGCAGAGAGAGCGUUCGCUAAGUGCAUUGUUGAGGCAGAGGCCUACAGUCGAAACUAAUAGGAUCGCAAGAAAGUGGCUCUCGGAUCAGUUUUCUCCGUUCAAAUCUUACUUUAACAUUCACAUUUUUGAUGGGUCAGCUCCUAGAAAGAUAUUAUCACCUAUGACUGCAACUAUUAGCCUACUCCAGUGGUCGCCAACCGGUCAAAUCAAAUCAAAUAUAUUGGUCACAUACACAUGGUUAGCAGAUGGUAUUGCGAGUGUAGCGAAAUGCUUGUGCUUCUAGUUCUGACAGUGCAGCAGUAUCUAACAUGUAAUCUAACAAUUCCUCAACAACUACCUAAUACACACAAAUCUAAGUAAAGGAAUGGAAUAAGAAUAUAUACAUAUAUGGAUGAGCGAUGACA